AUGUAUGUGAAUAACAUAUAUCGUGCAUCACUAUGCCAUACUUAUUUGAGAAAGAUCUCAGGUCCUUUGCUGAAGGAUAUUGUGGACCGCUUCAUUGCUAAAAGGAAUGGGGCUCUGGGAGAGAAGCCGAAACUUUACGCCUAUUCAGCACACGAUACCACCCUCGCCGCCAUGCUUUCCACAUUAGGUAUAUAUCCUGAGGAUUUCCCGAAGUAUGCUACAGCAGUAUUGAUGGAACUCCACAAAAAAGAAGGAGAAUUUAUUGUGGAGGUAAACUCGAUUAUUGGUAUUAAAAUUGUAGAUGGUUAGAU